AUGCCCUACCCCCUGGGCUUCCAGGUGUCACUGACCGCCUUCCUCAUGCUAGAGCUGGUGCUAGGCUUCAGCAGCAACUUGACCGUGCUGGUGCUCUACUGCUCUCAGUCCAACCUGGUCGACUCAGUCAGCAACAUGGUCACAGUCAACCUGCAUGUGCUGGACGUGAUGUUGUGCGUGCUGUGUCUGCCUCUGACCCUGGUGGUGGUGCUUCUGCCCCCAGGGCCCAACCUGGCCCUGCUCUGCUGCUUCCACGAGGCCUGUGUCACCUUCGCCUCCAUCGCCACCGCCAUCAAUGUGCUGGUCAUCAGCGUGGACCGCUAUGACAUCUCUGUCCGACCCGCCAACCGGUUGCUCACCCCGCAGAGGGCGGGGCUACUGCUGGCUGCCGUCUGGGCCACGUCUCUGGCCGUCUUCUUCAUCCCCUUUCUGGAGGUGGAGUUUUUCACCGGAGGGGCGGAGAGUAGACAGCACAGCUCCACCUCCUCCCCCGACAACCCCCUGGCACUAGUGUGGCAUAACCGUACGCUGCUUUGUGUGGGUGGACAGGGCUACCACACAGGCCUGGCCAUGUACUACCACCUGCUGCUGCAGGUGCCCAUCUUCUUUAUCACAGUGGCAGUCAUGCUAUUCACAUACUCACGGAUCCUGCGGGCCUUGAACAUUCGCAUCGGCUCCCAUAUUAAAAAGAGCCAGCGCUUCAGGGCACCCUCCUCCCUGUCCUCAGCCCCUCUGGUUAGCUCAGAAGGCGCUGCUCCUACACCUGCACCUGCUGCCCCUGUCACCAGUCCCACUGUUCAGGCAUCUGUGUCGGCCAUCAUUGCCUUGCGGCGGGCCGUGAGGCGCCACCGGGACCGGCGGGAGCGCCAGCGGCGCGUCUUCAGGAUGUCACUCCUCAUCGUCUCCACAUUCCUAGGUUGCUGGGCUCCUCUGUCCGUGGCCAACGUGUUGAUCCUGGGCCUGGGCCCCAGUGACACCCUGGUCAGCCUGCGCCUCUGGUUCCUGGCCCUGGCCUAUGGAACCACCAUCUCCCACCCACUGCUCUAUGCCUUCACCAGGCAGAAGCUGCGGCUUGCCCUCAGAGCCAAGGUGAAGAAGAGGGUGGUGUCACUGCUGCAGGUGGACCCCUCGCCAGGAGAGACCGUCACACACAACUCCUGGGUGGAGCCAAGGAAGUGA